AUGGCAGCAAAUGAUAAAUCAGAAACAUGCAAACAUGAGAUAAAUCCCAGUUUGGGUAUGAAGAUUACACUGAAAGGCAUUGCAGCAAAAUUCAACAAUGUACAACAUAUUUCAACAUCAACACUCUCUGAUUGGUUAGAGUCUCAGCCUGAAAAUGUGAUUCUUUUGGAUACAAGACCGGAUAUAGAAUAUAAUAUUAGUCAUUUAAAAGGAGCUAGAAGAAUAGACUAUGAGUCUGAUGAAAUAGAAAAUAUUCUACAAUCUCUACCUCAAAAUAAUCAAACAGACAGUAAAGAAAAUGUCAAAGUGGUGUGUUAUUGUUCUAUUGGUUAUAGAUCUAGUCUCAUGGCUAAAAAAUUACAACAACAUUUCAAACAACAAUCAGGUACGAAACCAGAAAUCUACAAUCUUGAAGGUUCAUUAUUUAAAUGGGCCAAUGAGAAGAGAGAAAUGGUAGACCAGAAUAAUCAACCUACUGUAUAUGCUCAUCCUUAUAACAGUCUAUGGGGAAAACUGUUGGAUAAAGACCUUCGGAGAGAGGGAACGUGA